GCCAUAUGCAUACAUAGUGGUCAGUUUAAGAAAGAACGCGGCAAGUAGAUGAUCGCGAGCCUCGAGGCAAAUAUAAUAGGCGCUCAUGGCGCUCUUUCCAUUCCUGGAAAAAUUUGCUUUCAUUUGAAACGUUGGCUCAGUCUCCUGCUCUGGUCUCUCCUUGCUUUACAUUAAUCACUUUGCUUUGGAUCUAACGAGCUACUAUGGGACGACGUGCAAAGAACAAGCAAGGAGAUCCUACGCCGCUUGACGUGAACGGCAAACCUUUCAGAAAGCUCGGAAAGCGUAAGGCUGAAGCUGGGGAUGAUUCCUUGAGCAAAAGGCCUGUGAAGAAGCUGAAGGAGACUGAAGGGAAGACGGAUAAAGUCAAGAACAAGGAGAAGGAGCUCAAGCCGAAGAAGGUCACAUUGGUGAAGGAGAAAACUCCGUCAGCAAAGAGCAAGCCUUCUUCUGCAUCUGCCAAAGUUAAGAGCUCAUCAACAAAGGGGAAGCGGAAACAAGAGCUUGAAUCGGAUGAGGACGAGGGCGUUGAGGAUGGCGGAACCAGCGAAGGCUGGGAGGAUGUGGAGGAAGAUAUUGAGGUUCAGAAGAAGUCGUUAUUCCAUGACAGUGAUGACGAUGCCAACGGCUUCAUCGGAGACUUAGACGAUCUUGACAUAGACGAAAUAAUCGACGAUGAUGACGUGCUUCGCGGUCCAGUGCAAGAGCUCGACUUAGGCUCAGACGAUGAAGAUGAGGUGGAUCUAGCACCCGUACGCCUUAUAGGCAAAAAGUCAAAACAACUCGAACGGCCAUCCAAAAUUAUUCCGACCGGCUCUGACGAAUCCGACUCUGAUGCUUCCGACGAGGAAGAUGAAGAGGAGCGAGUUACCAUGGCUAACAUGGAGGCACGUUCUCGUGCCCUCGACGAAAAGGCUGCUAGAGAAGCCGAGCUUGAUUUAGAGGAGAUGCAAAAAGCUGCUCUUGCGGGUGAGGAAGAGGACGAGGACUUUGAAGAUGAAGAAGGCGAAGAAGGCGAAGGUGAGGGAGCGGGACCCUUUCAACUACCCACAGCGGAGGAACGCGAAGAGGAAAAGGCUGCGGGUGGACCUCAAGUCCAUGUUGUCCAGCGGCGAAUGCGGGAAUGUGUCCGCGUUCUGUCAAACCUCAAGCGCUACGCUGGUAAAGGACGAUCACGAUCGGAGUACGUGCAGCAGUUGAUCUCGGACAUUGCAAACUAUUACGGCUACAACGAUUUCCUGGCAGAAAAGCUCUUCUUGCUCUUCCCGGUUUCCGAGGCUAUCGAGUUCUUCGAAGCUAACGAAGUCCCAAGACCUGUUACCAUCCGUACAAACACUCUUCGCACUCGAAGGCGAGACCUCGCUCAGGCUCUCAUCAACCGGGGUGUCAACCUUGAACCUAUUGGCAAAUGGACAAAUAUUGGCCUUCAGGUUUUUGAGAGUAAUGUGCCCAUUGGUGCGACGCCAGAAUACCUUGCAGGUCACUAUAUGCUCCAAGCAGCGUCUUCUUUCCUUCCGGUUAUUGCACUUUCGCCACAACCUGGCGAAAGAGUCCUGGAUAUGGCUUCUGCUCCCGGAGGAAAGACUACACAUAUGUCUGCUUUGAUGCAGAAUACCGGUGUCGUAUUUGCCAAUGAUGCUAACAAGGCACGAACCAAGAGUCUGACUGCUAAUGUUCAUCGACUGGGGUGCAAGAACGUAGUGGUUUGCUCAUACGACGGUCGGGAAUUUCCCAAGGUUAUGGGUGGUUUCGACCGCGUGCUUCUCGAUGCACCGUGUAGUGGUACUGGCGUCAUUAGCAAGGAUGCUAGCGUCAAGACGAAUAAGUCUGAUCGAGAUUUCGCCCUCCUUUCACAUCUGCAAAAACAACUCAUCCUCUGCGCCAUCGACAGUGUCGCCCCGGAUUCGAAGACAGGCGGUUACCUCGUCUACUCCACAUGUUCAGUUACGGUCGAUGAGAACGAGGCGGUGGUCGAUUACGCACUUCGCAAACGACCCAAUGUCAAGCUCGUCGAGACUGGACUGGAAUUUGGCGUGCCGGGAUAUACCAAGUACCGUGGGAAAACCUUCAACCCGAGUGUCAGCAUGACCAGGAGGUUCUAUCCACAUGUCCACAAUAUGGACGGAUUCUACGUUGCCAAGUUCAAGGUGGAGAGACGGUCAAAGGUGAAGCCAAAGGAAGAGAAGUUCAAUGUGAAUGGUGAAGCCAUGAACGUUGAUGGAGAGCAGGAAGCCAGUGGCUUCAACUCUGAUGAAGAUAGAAUAUACAUUCAGGAAUCGAAGCGGAAAGCCAUGAAGGCGAAAGGUCUUCGCGUUGCCCCCCGAAACAAGCUUGCGCCGCCUGUUUCCACCGCUGUAAAGGCCGCAGCAUGAAGUCCUUAAUUUCUCAUGUGGAUUGUGUAUCUCAUCAUUUCUGUCUUUGGCAUAGUUGCUGCUUCAAUGAUUCAGUAUCCCGGCGUUGCCGUCGGUCUGAAAACUGUUGUAGGAACGUCUUACCAAUCCUGCUUUAAGACGUCUGGGGCAGCUAUGAGGUAUGUACCUUGCGAAGCAAACGUCAGAUUGGAUAGUCAUGCACUACACGAUCUUGUGAUACAUCCCGCGAACAGGGUCCGAAGAUAAAAAUACUAUAUGUUCAGAUCCCCAGCGCUCCGGCACACUUCUUGCGAAUACUGGUAUAUGUCGCAAGCCCUUAGUUCCGUUAGUGUGUACUAUGGAUUGCGCCAUCGACAAGCAAACAGAGGAAAGGCUUCACCUGUCACUCUCCAUUUUCUGCUCAUCCACAUUAUGAGAAUAUAGAACCUAAUCAAGC